AUGAAGUUUAUUAAGAUUGAGAUUCGGGUAGAUUCAAUGGUUGUGGUGCAAGAUGUAAAAGGGAAGAGGAAUACACUUCGCAAUAGGAACAAUUUGGUGUCUAAGAUCAUUAGUAUGUGGGAUCUAGAUUGGGAGGUGGAAAUCACGUAUGUGCACAGAGAAGUAAAUCAGUUAGCAGAUGCCUUAGCCAAGGAAUUUAAAAGACUUAGUGAUGGAACGGAAGUUGAGAAAAGUGGUGAGAAGAUGAUGAUGAUGAUGAUGAGUAAUGUUAUGAAGAAUCUCAACACUGAUCUCUAUGUUGAAAUUUUUAAACGUAUAGAUAUGUUUGAAUCAAAUUCUGCUGUUGUUCGUUUUCUGAAAGCAUGGGGAAAAGCUAAUUACGAGCAUUGGCAAACCCUAGAUUUCUCAAUGUUGAAAUCUGAUUUUAUCAAGACUAAAUCUGUGCCGUUUGUUUGGGUUCAUUCUUGCUUCGACAAUGUUUUAUAUAAUCUCUUGUUUGUUGCUUUGAAUUCCAGUAAAGGAAAUAUCAAGAAUCUGAUUUUUCAUUACGAUUUGUAUCUCACCGAUGAUCAAUUCAUGUACACAGCUAAAAGGUGUCCACUUGUAAGACGAUUAGUCUUUCUAUCAUGGAAUAGAAUCAAGAAAAUAUCGAUGCGAAAGGCUAUUAGGAGUUGGAAAGAUCUUGAGUCAAUGACAAUGCCUAGUAUAGAUGAUCCAAAAUAUGUAUUUGAAGAAAUUUCAAAUAAUUGCAAGAAUUUUAGAGAACUAAAGGUCAUGGGGCGUUUUCAUCUAGGGUUUGCUAACUCUCUCAUUAUGUAUCUUCCAAACUUGAAAGUACUGAGUAUUAGAUGUUCAGAGUUGGUCAAGGAAGCUCUUAUUUUGAUUUUAGAUAAGCUUGAACAUUUAGAAGUGCUUAAUAUUUCACAUUCUUGUUUUGUGAAUGAUGUUAAUAAUUAUGAAGGAUAUAGGUUUGACCCUAUUAUAAGUGAGAAGGCUUCUAGGUUACGUGAGUUUGUGACAUGCAGCAAAGAGUCAUGCAUCAUGUGUCAUAGAACAAAAAUUGACCGGGGACGUCCAAGGUGGUUCAAGUACGAGGAAGGAAGAUGGAAAGAUGAUGAAGUUAGUUCUCUUUCACUUUGA